AUGAUGCUCUCCCAACUCUUUCUCCCAGUGCUUGCAGUCGCAGCGGUCAGUCCCAUCGUCGAUGUCGACUACGCCAAGUACCUUGGCACGGCGCGUGCUGGAGGAGUGACGGAUUGGCUUGGAAUUAGGUAUGCAGCGCCACCCAUAGGAGAAUUACGCUUUGCCGCUCCGCAGGAUCCCCUACCGGAGGAAGGUAUCCAAAUGGCAGAUCAGCACGGCUUGAUUUGUCUAAGCACUCCCGGAGAUCCAAAUAGUACGACCACCUCGGAAGACUGCCUGUUCCUGGACGUAUACGCCCCUUCUGCCGCUAAUACCUCAUCGAAGCUACCAGUGUACUUCUUCAUUCAAGGGGGUGGCUUUGCAACCAACUCCAACCCGAACUACAAUGGUACGGGGCUGAUAGAAGCCUCUGACAUGAAUAUCGUGGUCGUAAACUUCAAUUAUCGUGUCGGCUCCUUCGGUUUCCUCGCAAGUCAGGAGGUUGCUACGCAGGCUAGUCUGAACAAUGGUUUGAAAGAUCAAAGGAAAGCGAUGCAGUGGGUUCAGAAGUAUAUUAGGCGGUUUGGCGGAGAUCCAGAUCAUGUCGUUGUGGGGGGCGACAGCGCUGGAGGCGCCUCUAUAACCUAUCACUUGACGGCACAUGGUGGGCGCGACGACGGCCUGUUCCAUGCAGUCGCUUCCGAGUCCCAAACGUUCGCCACCCUGUUCACGGCGGAACAAAGCCAGUGGGAAUAUGACAACCUGGUUAUACGAGCGGGGUGUACAGGCGCCUCGGACACCCUUGCUUGCCUCAGGAGUUUAACUACCGCCGAAUUCCAGGUGGUAAAUAUACAAACCGCUUAUCCAGGGGCUCAGUACGCUGCAUUAUACAUGUAUGGCCCGACCCUCGACGGAGAUCUCAUCCCCGACUACACAUACCACCUGUUCGAACAGGGGAAGUUCAUAAGAGUCCCAUCCAUUUUCGGCGACGUCACGAACGAAGGCACUAUUUUCGUAUACAAUACGACGAAUACGAUUGGUGAUUCGGAUUCCUUCAUACAAGCCCAAUUUCCCUCCAUAACGCUGGAGCAGCUGGCAACAAUCAACUCGAUGUACCCUGUUACAAACGAUAGCUUUCCCGCGACACCCACCGCUGGCAAGUACUGGCGUCAAGGCAGCAACGCAUAUGGCGAAAUCCGCUAUAUCUGCCCGGGUAUCUACAUUUCGGGCGCCCUCGUGCAAGCUGGUGUCACGGAGAGCUGGAACUACCACUACGAUGUUGAGGACCCGGAGCAAGUUGCCGAGGGACUCGGAGUGCCGCACACCGUCGAGAUCAAUGCCAUCUGGGGACCGCAGUAUGUCAGCGGUCAGGCACCAGUAUCGUACUUUACUACGAAUGCAGGCGUGGUCCCGGUCAUGCAAGGUUACUGGACGAGUUUUAUUCGGACGUUCAACCCAAAUACGUAUCGGUACAGUGGGUCAGCGGAAUGGGGUACAUGGGCCAAGCAGGGGUACCAGCGGGUGCUCAUCCAGGGAAAUGGCACUGCAAUGGAGACGGUGCAGGCGGACCAGCAGGCGCGAUGUGCAUAUCUGUCGAGUAUCGGUUUGCAACUAAGGCAGUGA